AUGGCAACUAACAUCAAGCACGAGGCCGUGUUCCCUCCGGCUAUCUUCAGCUUGAAGAAGAUGACCCACCCCAGCCCCAGCAGAAAUGGGGCGAAGGGUGCCUACAUGCUGUAUGACCCACAGCAGAAUGCAGAUGACCUAUUUUCAGAGAAAAGGGUCAAUGGAGUUGGUGGUUCAGCCCCCGGAAGUCCUGGCUCUGUGCAGGAUUACGAACAGGCUGUUCUGAAGUUGCAGCAGGAAAUAGAAGAAAGUAACAGAAAAGGGUCCGAACUGGAGCAGAUAAUUGCAGACAUCAGCAGUCCUAACAUGUCACAGAGUGCCAGGGUAGACAGUCAGGGAUUAGAAGAAUCAUCAUCAGGUGACAGUGUUGGAGAAAAUGUCAAGGACGCCCACAUCCGACAUCUCCAGCGGCAGGUGACAGUGUUGCAGGCCAGCCUUUACAAGUGUGAGGGCUGGGCAAACAGAGUUUCUGCAGCUUUAAAAGAGCGAGACAAGGCUCUAGAUGAAGUGGCUCGGGUCACAAAUGAGAGGACCAGCUUGCAGGAGGAGAACCAGCAGUUGCAGAACAGGAUAGAGACCUUGGGUGCCACCUUGCAGGACACCCAGCAGAACCUGCAGCAGGUCACCCAGGAGCUGCAGAAGCAGAUGUACCACGGGCAGCUGGUGUCCCAGCUCCAGGAGCAGGUCUACAGGCAGAAGUGUGAGAUUGCAACUCUGAAGGAUUCACUUAGUCGUCUGAACCAGGAACACAAAAGCUUGAAGGAUUCAGGCAUUGAGGUCAACAGUCAGGUGCUGGGCAACGUGGCAUGUAGCCAGGAACUGGAGCACUUGCACCUGGUAGUUGACAAGUUGAAGGACACCGUUCUGGAGCAGCGAUCUUAUCUUCUACAUUUAAAAAAACCAAACAUUAGAAACACAAAGUCACAUUCAACAUCCUCAUCCACUGGUGGACUCUUGGAUCUGGGGUCGACCGAAAGGAAGUUAUCCAGCCCAACCCUCAGAUCUGUUGGAUUGACCUCUGCAGGAAGUGACAUUGUUGCCGGCAAUUUGUCCAACCAGGCAGGUUUUGGCCAGUCUGACUGGAUGACUGGACUAAAAGCAGCUGGAAUGAAGGACAGUUUUCUGGAAGCAAAGCAGCCUCUGUGCCGAAAUGUCAGUUCUCCAGAUUUUGGCCAGCAAAUGUUGGAGGGUUCCAGAAGAAAACUGAGUAAUCGUGAUGUUCUAGAUGAUGUUUUUAAUGUUGAUAGGACUUCACCUGCUUUUUUCCACAAAGAUGGCAAUGCUGGUUCAGAUCUGCAAUCCCAGGACACUCCCCUUAUGGCUGGCAGCUCAUCUACUGUGCCAGUAAUGAAACAUAAGUUCUCAGAGUUUCUCAGACAGCCGGGGAAUGGAGACGUACUUGAGAGGACUUCUAAUGUGACACCAGCUGGUGGUGCUACUUCUAGCAGCUCCUCGCAGUUCAGAGCAACUCAGUCAGAGAGGCUGGCUCAGAAACAGAAAAUCAUCAACAACAACGUUACCAAGUCUGAAAUUAUUGGGAGACAACCGUGGCGUCAAGCUCCUGGCAACAACACACAAGCGCAAAGCUGUACGCCUGGCUCAGGUGUCAUUGAUACGUUUUCACAGGUGAGUCCUGGACUGACCCAAGGACAUAAGAACAUUUUGUCCAAGUCAGUGCACCAGGAUUAUUUAUUACCUACAGAUUCUUCCAGGCCAUUCUUGUUUAAUGGAAACACCGCUCAGAAUAGGUAUCAUCAGGAUGAUAUUGUCGAGUACGAAAAUGUGAAUCGCAACUCUCCAACUUUUCAACCACAACGAAUUUAUCUUCCGCCCCCCAGUAGUCAGGAAGCGACUGUUCACAUGAUUGACCAUAAUGCAAUGUUUGGAGGAAAGGUGACAGCAGCCCCACCGGCUGUCCAUAAUGCACUGCCUCAGGGACCAAAUCAGGCAGUUCAUUAUAUAAAUACUUCCACAGCGCAGGGUUCUGGCACCACUGUUCAACUCUUAUCUAGAAGCGAACCAAUUUCCUAUCGGUCCAGAUUGAGCUCUGAUAAACUUUGCCCUGUCUGCAGCAUUGACUACAACCAGCUGAGCAUGGAAGAGUUUCAGACCCACGUGUUUGAGUGUAUCGAUGACCAGAACCAGCCAGAGACCAUGAAGCCGGAGGUAGUUCCUGACAAGCUGUGCCCAAUGUGUAAUGCUCGGUUCGGCCCUGAAACAACGCAGGGCCUCUAUGAGAAGCACGUGCACAGUCAUUUCGGUGAGGAGAGUUUUGAGGAACCCUUCUUGGCUACACCUUCCUGA